GAUCGCUGCUGGGAGGUGGAGCGUCUCAGGCGAGGAUCGUUGCGGUUUCAGGUUUUGUUUCCCGUUAAUUCUUCUACUUCAAAUGGGUUGAUGAACCCUAAUUCCCUAUUUCCCCAAUUUCGUUAGCUAGAUUCUCGAGUAUGAUGAUGUUUGGAUUUUGAAUUGUAUAAGUGAUUGCGGAAGCUAUACUUCAUGAAUCAAUUUUGUGAAAUCUUCUGAAUUUCAGUUAAGUGUUUAGUUAAAUUGCUGCAAGAAAUAUCUAGAAAUUUAAUUUUAUGAAAUUUAUUUUAGAUACAUGAGUCAGCUUUUUAUUUUAGAUACAAUUUAUGGAAUUAACUUGGAGUAUAAGGGUUUAUGGGGCCACGAGCUGUGUGGACUUGUACAACCAGAAAGGAGUUGCCUUCUUGCUUGACAAAGAGGACACAAUUGCCGAGUACGAGGCAAUGGCAAAGCAAAAAAGGGAGAUGUUUUUGGAGAAGCAGAGCUCUGAGUUCCUUUACAAACUUGGCCACAUUGAGAAAAUGGAGAUCUUGACUGGCAUUGCUGACUUCAAGAAUGAGCUCCAGUCUUUCCUGGGGUCCCUGGAUCCAUCCAAGGUGGUUACUUCUGCCGAUGUCCACCAAAUCUUUGAGAAUCUUGCGAAGAAACGCAGACGGAUGGAAUAAGAGUUUGUGUGACACACUGACACUGAGGGCCAAUUUAGACUUUUGUAGUCCUAGUAAGCUUUGAUAUGUUUGUUAGAGAUCCUCGAAAAUGAUCCACAUUUCAAGUGCUUAGAUGUUUAGUGACUCUCAUAUGAAAGAACUGAACCAAGAAAGUUUUGGGGGGAAGUAGCUCAAGUCCCAUCUUGAUUUUAUGUAUUUCAUCUCAACAGCAGAGCUUAUAUUAUGAACUUGUUUAGAGAACCCACUGUUUCUAAAUCAGCCACAUAAAGGACCUUGAUGCAA